AUGUCCACCUCACAGUAUCUCCAAUAUCUCAACAGGGAUGGCUUUGUGGUCAUCAAGUCAAUCGUGAGCAGGGAUAAGCUCGAUGCUCUUCGUGAGGUCAGCUCAAAGGCCACUCAGCUUGCUCGUGAAGGGCAUUGGCCUUACGUACGGACUGUAGGAAAACAAUUCCCACCAUGGGAUGCCAGUCAGGCACGUGAGCACGGAAUAUGGGGUGUCCAACAUCUCAUGAACCCUGAUCUCCCUGGUCAUGAGCUAUUCGCAGAGCUGUACUUCUCUGAAGCCAUUCUCGGCAUUGUGAAGCAGCUUCUGCAAUGCCAAGACGACCAUCUCGUGAUGGAGCUGUUCAACAUGCUUGUCAGACCAGAAAGGGAUUUUGAGUUGAGGUGGCAUCGCGAUGACAUCCCCGCUGAGGCUAGCGAGGACGAGGAGAUGGAGCGUCUUGGCAAGCAUGCCUACCAUGCUCAGUAUAACUUCGCUUUAUGGGAUGAUGAUUCUCUCAUCGUCGUGCCUGGCUCGCACAAGCGCGCUAGGACCUCGACUGAGCGAAACGCAGAUCCCUUUUCCAAGUCCUUGCCAGACCAGCUUAUCGUCAAGCUGCAGCCCGGCGAUAUUGUCUUUUAUAACAACAAUAUUCUGCACCGCGGGGCUUACAGCAGCAGCAAGGAGCGAAUGACACUACACGGCUCUGUUGGCCAUGUGCAGGGCAGCACUCUUCGAGCGAGGAACGUUCUACAGCAUGGAAUUGGUAACUGGGUUGACAAAUGUGCUUUCGAGUCGCUCCCGGAGGAAGAUAGGCGCAGGGCCGACGGUAUGAGACAGCGCCUAAUCCAGCUUGGCAGUGAGAGUGGUCAGGUUGGUUACUCACUCCAAGGCUGA